CAUGACGUCACAGCGGUUCAUGAAUUCAUCCUGGCUCUAAUACGGUUAUCCAAGAACCGUUUAUUUGUAUCUAUAUGGAUAAUAAUAUCUUUAAUAUGCACGCAGUUGUGCUAAUUAUAGCUUUAAAUCUGAUAAUUAACAAUUGUAGGGUAGCGUCCAACGAUUUAUAUCAUAGAGGUGACGACAAAUAUGGCAAUAUUGUUUUUGACAACAGAACGGUUAGUUGGAUUCCUCACAUCCCUGAAGGAAAUGUAGAAUUUAAAACACUGCCAACGGUUGAGGUUUCUAAAGGUGAAGAAUAUUAUUCGCUUCCUAGAGGCUUUGUAAACAUGAUGAAACCAGAGGACAACCUGAAUACCAUAAGAAGAGUUCUUAAUGAAAAAUUGAACAUUAAAGAAGACUUAAUGAAGAUCAUAUUUUCAGACCUUCACGCCGGUUUUAUCACCUGCAUUAUCAUUGGAGUAGCUUUCAUUGUUUUGCUUCCGUUGAGUGGGCUUUGCUGCAUCUGUGUCCAAUGUUGUUGUAAAAAGAAAGAGAAGAAACAUUCCUCACAAACCAGAAUGAAAAGGAUAUGUUUCAGUGUCACGUUGGUGAUCUUUUCUUUGUUUAUAAUGGUUGCUGUUCAUUUGGUGAUUGUCUCUAGCACUCUGUGUGAUUUCAUUAUAAACCGUGUGGACAAAGUGACCACCGAUAUCCUCACUGACAUGAAGUCGUUCAUCACUGACACAACAGGGCAAUUCCGAUACGUUUGUGUGGACAUGUAUAAACUUAUAGCCGACGUCAUAGUACACGAAAUUACGAGUCUACAUGAACAUGUUGAAAAAACGGCAAUACGUACGCUGAAUGCAAAUAGAAUCGUAAAUGCUUUUGGAAAUGCCGAGACUGGUUAUGUAUACCUACAGACUCCGCUGGAGAACAUGAUGUCGAAUGUUGAAAAAUUAAAGAGUUCAAUCGACAACUUUACAAAGGCCAUCAGCCAUCUUGCCUGGGAACUUGAUAACAUCAUCGUAUCGUGCAAAAAAGAUUGCCCUGCCACUUGCAGCAUGAUUGACACGAACCUUCUUCGGCCAAGCAAGAUGCAUUUGGAUGAAAUACCGGCUUAUGAUGAAAUUUUGUCAAAAUGUAAGUCAUUCGCAGAUAGUCGUCUACAUACGAAAGCUAGUGACAUGGUGAAGAAGCUGGGUGAUAUGCAUUAUGCCAUAAAUGACAUGAUUGAUCCAGUCAGGAAAGACUUUGUUAACACGAUCAGACAGUUUGAACAGUACCUGACAGAUCUAACAGAGAAUAUAACAGCUGAAGCAGAAACUAUGUUUCCUAUUAUUGAUAAAGUGAACAGGAGUGUACAAGAAUAUAGCCCUAUCGUUAAAGACAUUAAUGUCUACAGACAUUACAGCGUCAUGUUACUGGCAGGCUUGUUCGCUACUGUGGGCUUUCUGUUUGUUGCCUCUGUAAUAGCAGGGCUCGGAGGGCAGGACAAAGGCACCUUACCACACGAGAGGGGCUGUAUCUCCAACAGUGCGGGUCAUGUGAUUAUGGGGAAUGUUUACUUUAUGUUGUUCAUUGGUGGCCCAUUGAUGAUUAUAACAACACCGUUGUUCCUGGUUGGUGCAAGUUUGCAGUUUGUAUGCGAGCCCAUUAAUAAUAUGGAUAUCUUUACAAACUUCAUAGACAAGGGUGGCAUUCCUGACUUCAACCUUGGUUCCAUGAUGUACAAUGAUUCCAGUCUUCAGAUCCACUUGUAUAAUGUGGCCGUAGGAUGCCGUGAAAACAAAAGCUUAUAUACUCUUCUCCAGGUCAACCGCACUUUUCCACUCGAGAAGUUGGCAGAUUUUUCUCAGUAUCUGGAAAAGGCUAAAGGCUAUCUAGCAAACAUCAAAAACGUGAAUCUAACAGACUUCUCACUGAACCCAGAAUACCUCCAAGCCGCCAUCAGGGACAUCAAUGCUUCCAUAGUCAACAAGAUGGACGUUAAAGCAACCUAUAGGGCACUGAAUAAAGUGACUGCCUGGGUAACUAAUGUUCUCCCCAGCAGUGCCAUGAACAGCCUCAAUGAUAAAGUGACAGCAAUACAAGCUGCGUGUGGUGAACAACUCAAGAGUAAGUUAGCAGCAUUUAUGACGAAAUUACGCAAUACUCUGACAAAGGAAAGAAAGCAAAUUUCCAGUGUUAUCUCUGGAAUGAAUAAUACAAUAUCAAAACUUCAAUAUUCCACAGAUAAGUUAAAACAUUGGCUGAAGAAGGCAGGAAUGAGAAUGGCAAAAGCAGACAAAAUAUUGAUGACAAAGUCAUUUUUGCCUGAGGUGUCCACUGCAUUCGGCAAAAUCAUCGGCGCUUAUCUAGCAUCCUAUAGAGACCAUGCAUUGCAUCUGAUCCACAAUGAAGUGGGUGCCUGCAGACCCCUGUGGAAUAUAUACAGCUCCGCUACAGAUCUGGUUUGCAGUCACGUGUCGGAUGGUUUGAAUGGAUUUUGGUUUGGCAUUGGCUGGGCUCUGGCCUUCUUCAUUCCAGCGAUCAUCUUUGGUGCGAUGCUAUCUCCGUUCUUCCGCAGAAUGGCCGUGGAUGACCAUAUAACCGGCUACAUCGAGUCGAACACGGUGGUACCCAUAUCUCACGAUGUAUCAACUGAAAAAGGCUACACCAUUGACACAACUAAAACUGACAACACUGAUGACACAACUAAAAAAGACAAAACCGAUGACACAACAAAAAAGGUCAACACUGAUGUACCAACCAUAGUUUUGCCAAAUCAAACCAGCCAAACGACAAUUAAUAAAGACUAACACUAAUCUUUCACCGAAACCGUAAAUAACCGAAGACAAAGACGAAAUGAAUUAAGCAACCAGCGAAUCUCGAAGAACAAAGGCGUGUUCAGAAGGCAGAGCGCUCGCUAAUGUUUGACUGUUAAUGCCAUUUUUAUCAUAUCACACUGGCAUAGGAAGCAGGGGGGCAUGUGCCCACCCUCAACACACACACUUUUCAGAUAUUUUGCUUUAUAUUUUCUUUAUAAGUGUAAAAGUGUGCCCACCCCCCACCCCCCCCCCUUUUUUUGGCACCUUCCUAUGCCACUGUAUCGCAUUCAUCUAAUUUUAUAGUUUAACCCGUACUCCAUGACAGGUGUGUGAAAGUUUGUGGUAUGCACUUUUCUGUAUGUGGGAAAAUGCAUAAUAAAACAUCCCUUGCUGUUAUUUAAAAAAUAAAGACUGUUUCCUCUAAGACUAUUAUCAAAUGUUUGACGUGCAGUAUCCGGUGAUUAAUAAAUCAAUGUGGUGUUAUUAAACAAACUGUGCAUGCAAGUACAAGUUGGGAUGGCAGUGUGUCAUGUACCAUAAUUAGGUGACCACGCCCUAUUUUUCACACAUCACUGAUAUUAAAGGAAAUCCUUGUCAGGGCCAUAUCUUCCUUGUCACUUAAUUAAAAUUAAUAUAGGAUCAUCAAACCUUGCAUGCAGGUACAACAUGGGAUGGUGGUUUUUUGCAUACCAUAACUAGGUCACCAUGACCUACUUUUCACGCAUUACUGCACAUUAAAGUAAAUUCUUGUCUGGGCCAUAUCUUCCUUAUCAAUUCAUAUAGGAUCAUUUAACUGUGCAUGUAAGUAUGACUGUAGUCCUUCCUACAGGGAACAGUCAUUUUCUUACUAUUGUAUUUAAGCAUUUAUCGUACUACAAGUUAUUUAUUUUUGAAUUGAUUGUUUUCUAAAUUGCAUAUACAAAUAGUGGGGUUUUCUUUUUUGUGAUUUCAAAAAUACUUUUACUUUUGUUCCUACUCAAACCAGACUGAAAUUAUUUACGAAACACACGUUAGUAGAAUAAUGGAACAGACUAUAGGUUGCCACGAUCUACUUUUUGGCAGGCGUAUCAUGUACCUCACCGGUACUCUUGUUAAUUUUCAUCUAACGUUGGGAUCAAAACUUAGUCUAAUCAUCGACCAUUCACCCUCUGCAAGAAUUGUUGUAUAAUCAGACUGUUCGCCCGCCUGAACACGCCUCUGCAAGAAUGGUUGUAUCAUCAGACCGUUCGCCUGCCUGAACACGCCUCUGCAAGAAUGGUUGUAUCAUCAGACCGUUCGCCUGCCUGAACACGCCUCUGCAAGAAUGGUUGUAUCAUCAGACCGUUCGCCUGCCUGAACACGCCUCUGCAAGAAUGGUUGUAUCAUCAGACCGUUCGCCUGCCUGAACACACCUCUGCAAGAAUGGUUGUAUAAUCAGACUGUUCGCCUGCCUGAACACGCCUCUGCAAGAAUGGUUGUGUAAUCAGGCCGUUCGCCCUACUGAACACGCCUCUGCAAGAAUGAUUGUGUAAUCAGGCCGUUCGCCCUCCUGAACACGCCUCUGCAAGAAUGGCGUGUAAUCAGACAGUUCGCCCACCUGAACUCGCCUCUGCAAGAAUGGUGUGUAAUCAGACAGUUCGCCCUACUGAACACGCCUCUCCAAGAAUGAUUGUGUAAUUAGACAGUUCGCCCUCCUGAACUCGCCUCUGCAAGAAUGGUGUGUAAUCAGACAGUUUGCCCUACUGAACACGCCUCUGCAAGAAUGGUUGUGUAAUCAGACCGCUCGCCCUCCUGAACAAGCCUCUGCAAGAAUGGUUGUAUAAUCAGACCGUUCGCCCACCUGAAUACGCCUCUGCAAGAAUGGUGUGUAAUCAAACCGUUCGCUCUCCUGAACACGCCUCUGCAAGAAUGGUAUAAUCAGGCCAUUCGUGCUACUGUGUUUGCAUAGGCGUAAGGGCUCCCAUUUUUGUAGUUGGGAUUGGGGAAGGCUGAUGUUUGCCUGAAUUCAAUGAAAAUGCCCAAAUCUGGAUAACAAUAUUUAUUCGUAUUAGCAAUACUUCCAAACAGCUAAAUAGGUUUGCAAACGAAUCUUUGCAUGGAUUACAAGUACUAUUGUGAGUAGAAUGAUGAAAAUAUAUGGUGAAACGGUUUCAGGCAAUCUCAUUAUUAAACCAUAAUUCUUUUUACUAUUAAUAGUACAACAAACAUAGUUUCAAUUACACAGAUUUAAUUUUCUUAUAUCCUUAAAAAGCUCCAUCGCCCAUAAAGAUGUCAUUCCCUGUGUGAAAUAGAUGCCAAACACAUGUAAAUGUACGACCGGUAUACCGGUUAGUCGCAGACGUAAUUUUACGGGGAAGAAUUUACGAAGCCUGUUUUUCCUAAACUGCACAACUAGGCGUUUAAGCACAGUAAAUGUAUAUAGUGACACGCGUGUAAGUCUAAAACAGGCUUUGUAAAUUCGGCCUACGAUGUUUUUAAAAUUGGCUCUAGUGCAACACCUACUGUGCAAACACAGUCACACACACGCACACAGUCACACAAACAGUCGGACAUGCACACACACACGCACGCGCACACAGUCACACACAAAAAAUACCAACCAAACAAAAGUGCCUUUUGAGAAAUCCAUCCAUUACAGUGCCAUAAUAAGUGCAUAUAGUGUCUCCCGUCUCACUAGUGUUAUCGGUUCUAGAACAGCAUUAAGCACCGUGUACGACCGACACUGGGUAUUGGUACUGUCAAUGGCGUAGCCAGCAUGAGGCAGACGAGGCGCUUGCCUCGUCUGGAAUUUCCCCAGAUUGAUUUUAUUUUUCCCAUGACACUGAUAUUUAUUUUACAGGCCUGAGUUUCCUCGGCGUUUUUUCCUCUCAGACUACGCCCCAGACUGGUAUCUAUAAUCUUGCUGCAUAUCUUGGCACCACGAUAAAACUAUGGUAAUAGAAUUGUUUUAACAUAUAUAACAAAAUUAGCUUAAACGUAAGCAAUUAUAGACUUAUAUUUAUGACGUUUAGCGACAUAUACGCCAACGGUUAAAUUCCGAGUGAUAAAUUUAAAUGUUGUUCGAAACUAAAAAUAACUGGUAUAGUAAUUCACUAUACAAUCGCAAUUAAAAACUUUAGUGAAAAAAAAGGGGGGGGGGGGGUGCCCGCGGCCCCAUGCCAUUUAGCACUAAGAUCACCUUAAAUGCAUAACUACGGUAUGCACUUGAGAUGAUCUUAGCGCUAAGAUUGCUUCGUGGAAUGGGGCCAUGGUCUGUUGUCGGUCCCAGACAGUGUUACGACAAAUUAGCCCAGUGCUUAUAAACCUUUUGGAGUUUGGAUUCUAGAUGUUAUUAGUGUCUGAAACCUUAACGCUAUACUUGUUUAUUGUAUGCGUGUGACGUCACUAGAGAUUUGACUUUUAAUAGCACCUAAGACUCCAAUAGGUUUAGAAGCACGGGUCCUGGAGGCGUCUGAGAUUAUGCGGUACCAUCAUAUUUAUAUAUUGCCUGGAAUGGUGUUGGCCUGGAAUUUUCUGUUGUAAUACGUGUCUGUUGUUAUUUUACAAGUCUGUUAUUAUUAUUAUUAUUAUUAUUGUUAUUAAUAUACAUGUCUAUUAUUAUAUCGAGAUUUAUGUUCUCAAUACGUUUCUGUGAACGCCAUACGUUAAUAAAGUUGAAUGUGUUA